UUUCAGGGGACAACGAUCGACUUCAAAAACUCGGUUGAGGCAGAACUAGAACAAGAGGAGAAAGAGAGAGAGAAAAAAAGAGAGAGAGAGAGAGAGAGAAAGAGAAAAAGAUCAUUCUUCUUACUUUGAACCAACUUACUUCACCUAAUUUCAUCAUUCAUUGUACUUGUAAUCUAACGCACCCUUUCAUUUAUAUAGACACAUACACACCUUUACCACACUUUCACUCUGUUGCAUAUCUAUUUCUUUAUUUCGCAUAUUACUUUAUCCUCACUCUUUGAACAAACCCAAGUUCUUAAAAGAAAGACCUCUGUUGAUCGAAGGUUUAUUAGAAACAUUUAUCACUUCAUAAUAUCCAUAUUAUCAUAUCAACCAUGGCUUGUCCCCAUUGUGGUGGAAAUAACAUCGAAUAUGAUGCUGGUCAGGGAAAUGCCACGUGCACAAACUGUGGUGCUGUCUUGGAAGAAAACACUAUUAUUGCAGAGAUCUCAUUUAAUGAAGGCAGUGGUGGAGCAGCAUCCGUUGUAGGAACAUUUGUCGGAGAAGGCAAAGCUGGAGCAAGAACACUCGGGCCAGGAAGAAGACAAACCAGUCAGGAGUCAAGAGAAAAGACAUUGGAUGCAGCUAGAAGACGUAUCACAGCCAUGGCAGUUGCACUCAAACUGAACGAACACCAUGCAGAAUCCGCACAACGUUAUUUCAACCUCGCCAUCACUAAUAACUUUAUUCAAGGACGCAGGAGUGAGCAUGUUGUUGCUUGUUGUCUUUACAUUGUCUGCAGGAUAGAACGAACAACCCAUAUGCUUAUUGACUUUUCAGAACUACUCCAGUUAAAUGUUUUCAAGCUGGGUGUUACAUUUCUUCAUCUCACAAAGCAGCUGCAUAUUGUCUUACCACUAGUCGACCCCUCACUCUAUAUUUCACGCUUUGCAACAAUGCUGGACUUUGGUGAAGAUACUCAACGGAUCGCAAACGAUGCACUUCGCCUAGUCUCACGUAUGGAUCGGGAUUGGAUUCGAUCAGGUCGUCGCCCAGCUGGUAUCUGUGGCGCCUGUCUUUUGAUCGCUGCUCGCAUGCACCACUACAGACGAUCAGAGAAGGAGAUCAUUCAAGUCGUCAAAAUUGGAGAAAGCACAUUGAGAAAACGGUUGGAUGAGUUUGCAGCAACACCUUCAGGUCAACUUACAGUUUCAGAUUUCAGGGAACUAUGGCUGGAAGAUGCAGCCGACCCUCCUUCAUUCACAAAAUCAAGGAAGCGACUUCAUUGGGAAUUUGGAGAUGAUGAGGAGGAACAGGAUGAGGUGAACCAGGAGAUAGUGCGACGAGGCGAGAGGGCUCGAAAAGUCGACCUGCAACAGGUCAGAGAAGACGAUGAUAAGACAGAGCCUGGACAUAUUGAAACAGAAACAACAGUCGGUCAUAAUAAUCCGGACCAUAAUGUAGUAACCGAUAGCAAUCGCGUUAAUAAGAAAAGAAUGCGAAGCAGAGAUGAGGAAGGAGAGGGAAUCGAAACUGAGGACCAGAAUGGGGAUGAAGAAGGAGAAGCAGAGGAGGGAGAAGAAGAGAUAGACGAACAAGCCGAAGAUGAAGAGGAGGAUGAAGUACUUGAAGAAGAAGUUGAGGAAGAACUAAGUGCUGCAAUGAAGAAUCCGCUAAUCCGUGAGGAGGAGGCACGUUUAGAUGCUGAGGACGAGGCACGUAAAUUAAUCCCGUUUGAGGAACUGGAUGAUGUGGAUGAUGAAGAGAUUGAGAGCAUUAUUUUGAACGAGGAGGAAGUCAAGAUCAAAACACAGGUUUGGAUGGAGUUUAAUAAAGAAUAUCUUCAAGAACAGGAGGCCAAACGCUCACGUAUUGAAAUAGAGAAGAAGAUGGGCAUCUACCACAACAAAAAGGGACGUAAGAAAACUAAGCGUAAUAAUUUAGGCCCACCGUCAUCGGCAGCAGAAGCUGGUAAGAACAUCCUUCAGCCAAAACUACCUCGUGUGAAAUCAAAAAAGAUCAACUAUUCAGCAUUAGAAACUAUGGAUGAUCUGUUCGAUACCAAACCCGUGCAAAUCGACUUUGGAUCGCCUGUGCCAGUCAAGUCAGUCUUUGAAGAACCAGGCUUUGUCAAGACACCAACCUCUCGAUCACGUCAAUCAUCUGUCCCGCCUAGUCGCGAAGGAUCUGCUCGUCCUGGACGCUUGUCGUCAGUCAGUCGAAUGAUCAAGAGCAAAGGUGGAUCUGUCAACAAGUUUUCGGUGACACCUACAAGCAGCAGGACAGCGUCGCGCGAACAAUCAACACAGCGUACUCUUGGAGGCCCAUCAUCGAUUCAACGAGGGAACUCUGAGGUGAUGGAUGAAGAUGAGGACGAGAUUAUUCAACCACCAAAGUCAAGAUCAAGAGCAGAACGCGAAGCAGAGGCAACAUCCGAGACUGGGGCAGGAGAGGAAAUUGCUGAAGAUGAAGACGAUGUUGAUGUUGAAGAUGCUCCGGCACAAUCAUGGACUGCCCAGUUUGGCUAUACUCAAGUGGAGGAAGACGAUGACUAUGGUGGGUAUGACGAAUGGGACUAAGGUUCCAAUCAAGUGGAAGCUAGAACAAGGAAGAUCCUUAUCCUUUUACUACAUGUGAUAAUAUGUUGAUAUUGGUCAGCAUCCUUAUUUACGGCCUUCUUUCAGCCUUACGCUAUCACUGGUACAUAUGGUGCAUUGGCAAUAAUAAAAGUAGAAGAAGAAAAAGAAG